CUAAAACCGAGUUGUUGGGUAGAUAAAACGUCAAAUUGUCAAUGAAGAUCGUGAACAGAAAAUGUAUUUAAUCUAAACUAGAAAUUUCAUACUUUUCUACACUAUAAUAAAUGUUCAAUGAGUGCACUGUCAUGCAAAAGUUAAGGCCAAUGUUAAAAAACAGUUAUAGUUGUGUCUGAUUGCAAAUCGCCUAGAUAGGAUAUGAAUUUCUGGUUUUCGACGAAAAAUCUUAAGAGGUCGCAUCAGUGGACUGUUUUUUAUCAUUAUGUUUUAUUGCAUUUAUGAUGAAAAUCUUAUAAAGUCUGUGUCAGAGCUUGCUAUAAGUUUUACGACUACCAAGAUAUUCGAACAGAGUUUGUCCAAUGGGCCAUUGUCUAAGCUGUUUCAAAAAUCAAGCUAAUGCAGAUAUUACCACUUCUCCACACAGAAAAAAAGAUGAGAUGACAGAAAUAGAAGUCACAGUCUCUGUUUAUCCACAACAAGAACCUCUUCUCAAUGACAAUCAAAAUAGCAUUAGUCAGUUCAGAAACACAAGUUCUUCACAUGUUUCAAGCACAUUAUCAGGAGAACAGAGUCCUGUGGAGAUAACCAAUACACACAAGUCAAUCACAGUUUCAGAAAGAAUACCUAAACCAUUCUAUCAGAAGUUGCCAACUUUACCUCGGACUAUGUCAUCAUUGGGCACCAAUGACUCCCGAAUAUCUGAGUCUAAAAUUAUUCAGCUCUUUGAUCAGUACAAAGAUUCAUUAGAAGAUGCCAUAUUGGCUGAAGGAAUAGAAAACCUUUGUAAUGAUCUGCAGUUGAACCCAGAUGACUUCAAAGUUUUGGUUUUGGCAUGGAAAUUAAAUGCUAGUCAAAUGUGUAGGUUUACAAAAUCUGAAUUUGUACAGGGCUUGAAGAAUAUGAAAACAGAAUCAAUUAAAGGUAUACAACAUAAAUUAAAUGAAAUAACAAAUGAGCUGAAGAGGGAUACUGAACACUUUAAGGAUUUGUAUAGAUUUACAUUUAAAUUUGGUUUAGAUGUGAGCACAGGCCAGAGGAUUCUGCCUACAGACAUUGCUAUUGUAUUGUGGCGUCUAGUCUUUACAAACAACGAGCCUCCUAUAUUAGACAGGUGGUUGUUGUACUUGGAAAAGAAUCCACAUAUAAGAGGCAUUCCAAAGGACACUUGGUACAUGUUUUUAAAUUUCUGUGAAUUCAUUGGGGAUGAUCUCAGCAGUUAUGAUGACACGGAGGCUUGGCCUAGCCUCUUUGACGAUUUUGUUGAAUAUGAAAAUGAUCAAAUGAAUCAAAAUGUCAAGAAGAAUGAUAUCAAAACACAGGAUUAAUGUCCAUUGCCAAAUUUUAGCUUCUGUAGGUACUUAAUUAAGAUAUUAAGACUGAUAAUCUGAUAAUGAAUGUUCAAUGAUGUUAGUCUUGUAUCUCAGGUGAAGUUAAGUGUUAAUAAGGUAAAAGAAUGUAUUAUUAGUACUACAUACUGAACAAAAUUGUGUAGGUACAUAUUGUGAGAUUUAAAAGUGUACAUAAAGUACUUUUAUAUUUUAUAAAUGUUUAUCUUUAGGUUUAUUUUUAAAAUUAUUUAACAUUCCAGUAAUGGAAUUAGACAAAAAAAUUGUAAAUAUUGUUCUUAGUUGCAUCAAAGGUACCUUUUAUUUCUUUA